AUGGGGAAGCCCGUCGACCCUUCCUAUCCGCUAUACCCCAUCGCCUGCGUCUUCGCCGCAACGGGCCUAUUCCUCGUGCUCCUCGUCUCUUUUAUCCGCUCAAGAUGGAACCUUGGAGUCUCCUUCCUCUGCUUCUGGCUCUUCUUGGAGGACAUCACCUUUGCGGUCAACUCCGUUGUCUGGGCCGAUAACGGGGAUAUCAAGCACUUGGUGUACUGCGACCUCGCAUCACACCUCCAGACUAUCUGCUACGUUGUCAAGCCCGCCGCAACACUCAUCAUGACACGACGAUUAUAUCUAAUCGUCACUUUCCGCGACAUGGACAUGCGCACUACCCUGAGGCGGUCAGACGUGGCCAUUGAAUGGUUCUUGGGUCUCGGUUUGCCUCUUCUCAUUGCGGGACCUCUCUACUAUAUUGUACAGACUAGACGUUUCACGAUUCUCGAGGGUUUCGGGCCUAGCGGAUCCAGUUCACACACAGUACUCGCCAUCCUACUCUUUUAUCAAUGGAGCAUCUCUCUCCCUCUCAUCUCAAUCAUCUUUUAUUUCCCGAAAGUGGUCUGCAUCUUCUACCGCCAAAACCGGGACAUCAGCAACUUCUUCCUCCGCAGCAACAGCGCCAGCUCUCACUCCCGUGCCAGCUACACCCGCCUCUUUGCCCUCGCAAGCAUCGACAUGCUCGUCACCUUCCCGGUGGGCAUCGUCAAUGUAGCGCUGAUCAUCGUCCGGAACCUGCACUCGCAACGCAGCCUGCCCUUCUACGACGGUUGGGGCGCUACACACGCGGACUUCGCACCACUGAGCAGCCCAUACUCCGACGUGCUGGCCAAAGGCCGAUCCGGGCUCGCACAGUUCUACUUCUCAAACUGGGUCACGCCCGUGCUGUCCUUCGUCAUCUUCGCGCUAUUCGGCUGCACCCCGAAUGCGCGCGAAGCGUACAUGGUCGUUAUACGCUGGUUCGGCGACUUGCUGCGCAUCCGUCCGCUCAUUCGUAGGCGGCGGCAACGGCUCAAGCACCAAGCCGCGGUCCAGGAUAGGGCAAGAGCGCGACGGGGGCGAACUAGCUCAUCUGCGAGGGAAAUCACUCUCGACUCUGAGUUGCAAUGGACCCACGAGUUAAGCUUUGCAGGCUUGGAGCUGACUGCGCCCGCUGGUCGGAGUGCAGACACCAAGCAAAAGCACAAGCAGGAACCUACGCGCAAGUCCGAGGACUCUGGGCUCGACGCUAUCAAGGUUUACACCGAUUCGGGGGACUCGAGCGCUGCCCUGGAUCUGCCAAAGUCCGAUCCUGAUUCGAAGGCGGAAGUAUGA